UCUUUUUAAGCGCCUCCUGCCUAGCCUGAGCUCCUGCUCUCUGCGCCGCGCUCCCUCCUUCCCCGCCUUCCUUGUCUCCCCGGCUCCGCUCCGUUCGCGUGGCCACCCCGCAACCCCCGCCCAGGUGCCAUGGCCGCUGUGUACCGCCCCGGCCUGCGGCUUAGAUGGCAUGGGCUGAGCCCCUGGGGCUGGCCCUCACGGCGCAGUAUCCAGACCCUGCGAGUACUGAGUGGAGACCUGGGCCAGCUGCCUGCUAGGGUUCGAGACUUCGUGGAAAACAGUGCCCGCCUGUGCCAACCAGAGAACAUCCACAUCUGUGAUGGGACCGAGGCAGAAAAUACUGCCACGCUAACCCUGCUGGAACAGCAGGGACUCAUCCGAAAGCUCCCAAAGUACAACAACUGCUGGCUGGCCCGCACAGACCCCAAGGAUGUGGCACGAGUAGAGAGCAAGACGGUGAUUGUAACUCCUUCUCAACGGGACACGGUGCCCCUCCCGGCUGGCGGGGCCCGUGGGCAGCUGGGCAACUGGAUGUCCCCAGCUGAGUUCCAGCAAGCCGUGGAUGAGAGGUUUCCAGGCUGCAUGCAAGGCCGAACCAUGUAUGUGCUGCCAUUCAGCAUGGGUCCCGUGGGCUCCCCACUGUCCCGCAUCGGAGUGCAGCUCACGGACUCCGCCUACGUGGUGGCAAGCAUGCGGAUUAUGACCCGGCUGGGGACGCCUGUGCUUCAGGCCCUGGGAGAUGGCGACUUUGUCAAGUGUCUGCACUCCGUGGGCCAGCCCCUGACUGGGCAAGGGGAGCCGGUGAGCCAGUGGCCAUGCAACCCAGAGAAAACCCUGAUUGGCCACGUGCCCGACGAGCGGGAGAUCGUCUCCUUCGGCAGCGGCUAUGGUGGCAACUCCCUGCUGGGCAAGAAGUGCUUUGCCCUUCGCAUCGCCUCUCGGCUGGCCCGGGAUGAGGGCUGGCUGGCGGAGCACAUGCUGAUCCUGGGUAUCACCAACCCUGCGGGGAAGAAGCGCUAUGUGGCAGCUGCCUUCCCCAGCGCCUGUGGCAAGACAAACCUGGCCAUGAUGCGGCCGGCACUGCCAGGCUGGAGAGUGGAGUGUGUGGGGGAUGACAUCGCCUGGAUGAGGUUUGACAGUGAUGGUCGACUCCGGGCCAUCAACCCUGAGAAUGGCUUCUUUGGGGUGGCCCCUGGCACCUCUGCCACCACCAAUCCUAAUGCCAUGGCCACAAUCCAGAGUAACACCCUUUUCACCAACGUGGCUGAGACCAGCGAUGGCGGCGUAUACUGGGAGGGCAUUGACCAGCCUCUUUCACCUGGCGUCACCGUGACCUCCUGGCUGGGCAAACCCUGGAAACCUGGUGACAAGGAGCCCUGUGCACAUCCCAAUUCUCGCUUUUGUGCCCCGGCUCGCCAGUGCCCCAUCAUAGACCCCGCCUGGGAGGCCCCUGAGGGUGUCCCCAUUGACGCCAUUAUCUUUGGAGGCCGCAGACCCAAAGGAGUCCCCCUGGUAUAUGAGGCCUUCAACUGGCGCCACGGGGUGUUUGUGGGCAGCGCCAUGCGCUCGGAGGCCACUGCCGCGGCUGAACACAAAGGGAAGGUCAUCAUGCACGACCCAUUUGCCAUGCGGCCCUUUUUUGGCUACAACUUUGGGCGCUACCUUGAACACUGGCUGAGCAUGGAGGGCCUCAAAGGGGCCCGGCUGCCCCGCAUCUUCCAUGUCAACUGGUUCCGGCGCGAUGAGGCAGGCCACUUCCUGUGGCCAGGAUUUGGAGAGAAUGCUCGGGUGCUAGACUGGAUCUGCCGGCGGCUAGAGGGGGAGGACAGUGCCCAAGAAACGCCCAUUGGGCUGGUGCCAAAGGAAGGUGCCUUGGAUCUCAGCGGCCUGGGAGCCAUAGACACCACCCAGCUGUUCUCGCUCCCCAAGGACUUCUGGGAACAGGAGGUUCGUGACAUUCGGAGCUACCUGACAGAGCAGGUCAACCAGGAUCUGCCCAAGGAGGUGGUGGCUGAGCUGGAGGCCCUGGAGGGACGUGUGCGCAGAAUGUGACCUGAGGCUACAGCUAGCGAGAGAGCAUGCCCGCCGCCCCCCCCCCCCCCCCGCCACACCCGCUCCAACCCUCCCAGGGAUAAGCGAGCUACCAGACUUGCGGAAAAUAUGAGCAACUUGACAUAACUAUCAUCUUCUGGGUGCCAUGAGACCAGGCCACAGACCUUCCCCCACAUGCUGCCCAAUAAUGAGAUGCUCAUUUAUUUAAUAUAA